AUGGAAUAUUUGCUUUUUUAUUUAAAUCGCCAGGUUCAGCCCCGUCGUAUAUGGUGGUCCCCAACCAAAGAAGCCCAGGAUUUGGAUGCCCUUCUGGACAAAACUUUCACGACCGAAUUUCGCACUGGAUACACAAACGUAGCCGGAAUGACGGUACCCAAUACUUUCCCACCUGUCGCUGAGCGUAUUGAUAGGAUGACAGUCUACGACGAUGAUGUGUGGCUUGGCGGCUUUCCAACGGCAGACUCCACGUUGGUGCAGGAAAUGGUCUGGUACCUCGGCAACAAUUUGGACGACAUAGGAGCAGUAAUGGAAUUGGAAGUUCGUUUUCCACUCCUGGAGGCUUCUGGUCUUCUCGAUAAAUCCGCACUAAUCGAGGCAUAUCCGGAAGUGAAGCAUCACCUGUUUGCACAGGACAGUAUAGAGUAUGUGAAGAGCAUCCCCCGACCGAGGUACAUACAAUCUAAUCUUCCACUUCAUCUUCUACCCUGGUCGUGGCAAAGCGGUCAGACCAAUGCGAAGAUGAUCUACGUCUACAAGGAGCCAGAGGAUGUGUGCAUGUCUUUCUUCAAGUAUGCCAAGCACAUCGCUUUCCGGGGAACUUUCGAGCAGUUCGCCACACUUUUCCUGAAUGACAGAGUUCCUUUUGCCCCAUUCUGGUCGCACGUAAUCAGUUUUUGGAACAAACGAAAUGAUCUCUCGUACAAUAUACUAUUUCUCCGGUACAAAGAGAUAGAAGAUGAUUUGGCAUCGGUGGUCACGAAGGUCAGAGCCUUCCUGAACAAGCCCCCUCUGUCCAAACCAGAAAUGGAGCUGGUGCUGGAUCAUCUGAGUCCCCAAAACAUGGAGAAUAAUCCAGCGGUGAACCACAGGUACUUGUUUGAGUUCGCGAAGGAGUACUUGAACAUUCCAGAGGAGGAGGAAGUCGUUGGAGAGGACGAAGAGGACCAGCAGGAAGCGAAAAUGACCCCCGAACUUCAGGCGAAAUUCGAUGACUGGGUCUUCAAAAAGAUUAGAGGCACUGAUUUUUACCUGGGACGAGACGUUCAGAAUUAA